UUGAUUUACUAUUCACUGCCUUUAAAUAUCAUCUAUUUACAUUUUUAUCCCUUUCUUUUAUAUCAAAAGCUCGUUAUAUUCUUCUUCUCCACAGUUUUCAUCACAGUCUCGCUCUCUUCAUUUCCUCUUCAAUUAAGAAAUAAUUCAAACUUUGAAAAGAAAAAUUUGGGAUUUUUUUCAAACACUAAAAAGCCAAACUAACACAGCUAUAGCAAAUGGGUCAGAUCCAAUACUCUGAGAAAUACUACGAUGACACUUAUGAGUACAGGCAUGUAGUGCUUCCUCCUGAAGUAGCCAAACUGCUCCCUAAGAAUCGCCUUCUCUCUGAAAAUGAAUGGCGUGCCAUCGGAGUUCAGCAGAGCCGCGGUUGGGUUCACUAUGCGAUUCAUCGCCCUGAGCCCCAUAUCAUGCUCUUCAGGAGGCCACUGAACUAUCAGCAGCAGCAGGAGAAUCAAGCUCAGCAGAAUAUCCUUGCUAAGUGAUCUUUUUUUAACCACCCGAUAUCCUGAAAAUGUUGAAUACAGAACAAGAAAACAAUACUACUUUGGUUUAUGCUCUGCGUAAACACGCUUCUGCUUAGUUUCGGAUUUCCUAGCUGUUUGUUAUGUUGUAAUUCUCUUCUCUAGAGAAUUUCUUGUCAGUCGAUUCGCAUCUUCUGCUUAUCAACCAUGGCUUUCUAAUGAUACUUGGUUACUGGGUAUUACUUGAUUAGGAUGUAUGAUGACGGUUUUACUUUCUAGUGUACUUUUGGUUGGAUGGUAUUGAUCCAAAAGUAAUGGUGGAUUUUGAUGGAUAGUGUUUAAUUAUUAUGGUGUGUUAUUUUGUGGUUGUAGUUGUUGUUACUUGAAAUCACAGGAUUUUAGAUAUUGUGUAUGUGGGUGUGCGUUUACUAUGGAAGCAAGAAACUUUUAUCUUAUUAAUUCUGAA